UCUAAAUGUUCUAUGCAUUUUUUUGUUGCAACAGAACCAUUCCAACACCUUGACAAUCUCGUUUUAUCAGCAGAACAUGACCCAACCAAACCCGAUUGUUUUCUUUGAUGUAUCUAUCGGUGGACGACCAGCUGGUCGUAUGAAGAUGGAACUUUUUGCAGACGUUGUACCGAAAACUGCAGAGAACUUUAGACAAUUGUGUACAGGAGAAUACAAAAAGAAUGGAGUUCCGCAGGGAUAUAAGAAUUGCACAUUUCACAGAGUCAUUAAGGAUUUUAUGAUCCAGGGAGGUGACUUUAUCAAGGGUGAUGGCACAGGAUCAAUGAGUAUUUAUGGAGACAAGUUCCCGGAUGAGAACUUUACGCUAAAACAUACAGAGGCAGGAUUGUUGUCCAUGGCUAAUAGCGGCCCUAAUACGAACGGAUGUCAGUUCUUUAUCACGUCGACAAAAACAGAUUUCUUGGACGGACGGCAUGUGGUUUUUGGAAAAUUGAUUGAUGGACUAUUGACACUUCGCAAGAUUGAGAAUGUACAGACAGGACCUAAUAAUAAGCCAAAGCUACAAGUCGUCAUCACAGAAUGUGGCGAGUAUUAGUUGUAUAUAUAUAUAAAUUAUUUAUAUAAUAUUCAAAAAAUCAUAAAUAUAACAUAGAAAC